AAAAAGGAACACAUACAGUAUGGAGUAUAAACCUAUGAAAAAUCUUUUGUUACUAAGACCGGAUUCUGUGGAGUAUGUUUAUAAGAGCAUUAAUAUGAAGACAUCGUGUGACAUGGAGGGAGCUAUCAAGGCUUUGAGGGACUGGCUGGAAAAGCAAUCGCAUUUUAAGAGGAAGGAUUUCACCGACAAUUAUUUGCAAUCUGCAAUCAUCGCUUCCAAAGGUUCUAUAGAGGGCACAAAGCAGAGACUGGACAAAAUAUGUACUCUACGGACUUUGAUCCCAGAUAGUUUUCGAUGCUUUGACGUGAAGAAGGACUUUCAUGACUGCUUUAUUUGUAUGAAACCAAUCAUUUUGCCGCAGUUAUCACAAGAUCAGUGCAGGCUGUUCAUCGUAAAGCCUGCUGGUAUAUUUGAGGCGUCACAUAUAUGCGAUUUACUUAAAUAUACAUUAGUUAUCGGUGAUUACAUGAAACAAACGGAUAUUAUUUGCAAUUUUAAGGGAAUAUUUGAUCUCAGUGAUAUUAAUUUGAUGGAAGUCAUCACGAAACUGAAUCUUAUGGACUUGAGACGGACUUUGACUGUGUAUUUUGAAGGACACGGGAUGAGAUUAAAAGGCAUAUAUUUUAUAACAACAUCAAAGGUAAUAGAAACCUUGAUAGGUCUCUUGAAGCAGGUCCUAAAGCCUAAGAUAGUUCAGCGAAUUAGAGUGGUGAAAUCAUGGGACGAGUUACAUAGUGUGAUUGGAAAAGAUAUAAUACCUGUUGAUUUUGGUGGAUACGAAAAAUCGGUUCAGGAAAUUCAUGAUGAAUGGGUUGAAGAAUUAUCGAGUGAUAAUUUUAAGCAGUAUCUACGGGAUAUAAAUUCAACAGGAACGGAUGAGAGUUGCAGAUCUUCGUACAAGUUCAAUGAAGAAUAUGCGGGAAUGCCUGGCACAUUUAAAGUUUUGAAUGUUGAUUAAUUUAUCAUUGUAUGAAUUAUUAAAGUAUAAAUAAACAUAAUAUAUAAAUGGUCUCACAAAUACAAUAAAAGAUUGUUGUUUAUAACCUGUAUUUUAAAACGUGGUAAAACUAUAUGAGUGUGAAAAGAAUGUAAAUGUAA